GGGGCCGUCCAGCACGCACCGGCCGGACUCUGCGGCCCGCCCGGACCCCCCAGGCCCCGCACCCCGAAACCACGGCCCAGGUGGAGCGUCAAGGAACGAUGAGUCUCUCGUUCUGUGGCAACGACAACAUUUCUUCCUACAACAUCCAAAGAGGAGUCUUGGAAAAUGCCUGCUUUGUGGACGCCCUUAACCUCGUUCCUCAUGUCUUUCUGCUCUUCAUCACUUUUCCGAUACUGUUCAUCGGCUGGGGGAGCCAGAGCUCCAAGGUCCAGAUUCACCACAACACCUGGCUGCAUUUCCCCGGCCACAACCUCCGCUGGAUCCUGACCUUUGCCCUCCUCUUCGUGCACGUCUGCGAGAUCGCCGAGGGUAUCGUGUCGGACACACAGAUGGGAUCUCGGCACCUUCAUCUGUUCAUGCCGGCGGUGAUGGGCUUCGUGGCUACCACCACUUCCAUCGUUUAUUAUCACAACAUCGAAACAUCAAACUUCCCCAAAUUACUGCUGGCGCUCUUCCUCUACUGGGUGAUGGCCUUCGUCACGAAAACCAUCAAGCUGAUCAAGUACUGCCAGCUGGGCGUGGGCAUGGCCGAGCUGCGCUUCUGCAUCACGGGCAUGAUGGUCGUCCUCAACGGGCUGCUCAUGGCCGUGGAGAUCAACGUCAUCCGAGUCAGAAGGUACGUGUUUUUUAUGAAUCCCCAGAAAGUGAAGCCCCCCGAAGACCUCCAGGACCUGGGGGUGCGCUUCCUCCAGCCUUUCGUCAACCUGCUCUCCAAGGCCACUUACUGGUGGAUGAAUCCCCUCAUCAUGUCCGCCCACAAGAAGCCCAUCGACUUGAAGACCAUCGGCAAGCUGCCCAUCGCCAUGAGGGCCGUCACCAACUACGUCUGCCUGAAGGACGCGUAUGAGGAGCAGAAGAAGCAAGCGGAGGACCGUCCGCAGCGGCCGAUGCCGUCCAUCUGGCUGGCCAUGUACAAGGCGUUCGGCCGCCCCAUCCUCCUCAGCAGCACCUUCCGCUACCUGGCCGACCUGCUGGGCUUCGCGGGGCCGCUCUGCAUCUCGGGCAUCGUCCAGCAGACCUCCCUCAACGCCUCCGGCACGGCCACCGUCAUGCCAUCUCGGGCUUCCGUUUCCCUCACGUCGAAGGAAUUCCUGGAAAAUCCUUACGUCCUGGCCGUCCUCCUCUUCCUGGCCCUCAUCCUCCAGCGGACGUUUCUGCAGGCUUCCUACUACGUCACUAUCGAAACCGGAAUUAACCUCCGGGGAGCUCUGUUGGCCAUGAUAUACAACAAGAUCCUGAGGCUUUCCACUUCGAACCUGUCCAUGGGAGAGAUGACGCUCGGCCAGAUCAAUAACCUCGUUGCCAUAGAAACGAACCAACUGAUGUGGUUCCUCUUCCUCUGCCCCAAUCUCUGGGCAAUGCCCGUCCAGAUCAUCAUGGGGGUGAUUCUGCUCUACAACCUGUUGGGGUCCAGCGCGUUGGUGGGGGCCGCCGUCAUCGUCCUCCUCGCUCCCAUCCAGUACUUCAUCGCCACCAAGCUGGCCGAGGCCCAGAAGAGCACUUUGGAUUAUUCUACCGAACGGCUGAAGAAAACCAACGAGAUAUUGAAAGGAAUCAAACUUUUAAAACUCUAUGCCUGGGAGCACAUAUUUUGUACGAGCGUGGAGGAGACCAGAAUGAAAGAACUCAGCAGCCUCAAGACUUUCGCCCUGUACACGUCUCUGUCCAUUUUUAUGAACGCAGCCAUCCCGAUUGCAGCUGUUCUUGCGACGUUUGUGACGUACGCGUACGUGGAGGGUCCGCUGAAGCCAGCCCAGGCCUUCGCCUCUCUUUCCCUCUUCCACAUCCUGGUCACGCCGCUCUUCCUGCUCUCCACCGUCGUCAGGUUUGCCGUCAAAGCCAUCAUCAGCGUCCAGAAGCUGAACGAGUUUCUGCUCAGCGAUGAGAUCGGUGACGACCCCUGGAGAAACAGCGAAAGCCCUUUGACGUUCGAGUCGUGUAAGAAGCACCCGACUUCCCAACCGAAAACGAUAAACAGGAAGCAGCCCGGGAGAUACCAUCUGGACGCCUACGAACAGCCGUCGAGACGCCUUCGACCGGCCGAGACCGAAGAUGUGGCCAUCAAGGUGACAAAUGGAUUCUUCUCCUGGGGAAGCGGGCUGGCCACGUUAUCCAAUAUCGAUAUUCGAAUUCCAACGGGUCAGUUGACGAUGAUCGUGGGUCAAGUUGGCUGCGGGAAAUCGUCCCUCCUCCUGGCUAUCCUCGGGGAGAUGCAGGCCCUGGAGGGCAAAGUUCACUGGAGCAACAGGAAUAGAUACUCUGUGGCGUACGCAGCUCAGAAGCCUUGGCUGUUGAACGCGACCGUAGAAGAAAAUAUUAUUUUUGGAAGCAUCUUCAACAAACAGAGAUACAAAGCUGUAACAGAUGCCUGCUCUCUGCAGCCAGAUAUUGAUUUGCUGCCGUUCGGCGACCAGACGGAAAUUGGAGAAAGGGGGAUUAAUUUAAGUGGAGGCCAAAGACAAAGAAUCUGUGUCGCCCGAGCGCUGUAUCAGAACACCAACGUCGUCUUUUUGGACGACCCCUUCUCUGCCUUGGACAUCCACCUGAGCGAUCACUUGAUGCAGGAAGGAAUCUUGAAGUUUCUCCAGGAUGACAAGAGGACGUUGGUGCUCGUGACCCACAAGCUUCAGUAUCUAACGCACGCGGAUUGGAUCAUCGCCAUGAAGGACGGAAGCGUGCUGAGGGAAGGGACCUUGAAGGACAUUCAGAACAAGGACGUGGAACUGUACGAACACUGGAAGACCCUCAUGAAUCGCCAAGACCAGGAAUUAGAAAAGGACAUGGAAGCGGAUCAAACGACUCUAGAACGGAAAACUCUCCGGAGGGCCAUGUACUCGAGAGAAGCCAAGGCCCAGAUGGAGGAUGAAGAUGAAGAGGAGGAAGAGGAAGAGGACGAAGACGACGACAUGUCCACGGUCAUGAGGCUGAGGACGAAGAUGCCCUGGAAGGCCUGCUGGCGCUAUCUCACUUCCGGCGGCUUCUUCCUGCUCUUCCUGAUGAUCUUCUCCAAGCUCCUGAAACACUCCGUCAUCGUGGCCAUCGACUUCUGGCUCGCCACCUGGACCUCCGCAUCCAACGGAGACGCUUCGAAAAACUCCACGGGCGGCCCCAGGGACCAUCAGACGUACUACGUGGCCGGAUUCAGCCUCCUGUGCGGCGUGGGCAUCUUCCUCUGCCUGGUCACGUCGCUCACCGUUGAGUGGAUGGGGCUCACGGCCGCCAAAAACCUGCACCACGAUCUCCUCAACAAGAUCAUCCUCGGGCCCAUCCGGUUCUUCGACACUACCCCCCUGGGACUCAUUCUCAAUCGAUUUUCUGCCGACACGAAUAUCAUCGACCAGCACAUCCCCCCAACCCUGGAAUCCCUGACCCGCUCUACCUUGCUCUGCCUGUCCGCCAUCGGAAUGAUCUCCUACGCCACGCCCGUGUUCCUGGUCGCACUGGUCCCCCUGGGAAUCGCCUUUUAUUUCAUCCAGAAAUACUUCCGCGUGGCUUCCAAGGAUCUCCAGGAGCUGGACGACAGCACCCAGCUCCCUCUGCUCUGCCACUUCUCGGAAACCGCCGAAGGGCUGACCACCAUCAGAGCAUUCAGGCACGAAACGCGGUUUAAGCAGCACAUGCUGGAGCUGACGGACACUAACAACAUCGCCUAUUUGUUUCUGUCGGCUGCUAACCGCUGGCUGGAAGUCCGGACGGAUUAUCUCGGAGCGUGCAUCGUCCUCACCGCGGCUGUGGCCUCUAUCGCCUCCAUUCCUGGGGGUCCUAAGUCUGGACUGGUGGGCUUAGGUCUCCUCUACGCACUGACGAUCACCAACUACCUGAACUGGGUUGUGAGAAAUUUGGCCGAUCUGGAGGUCCAGAUGGGAGCGGUGAAGAAAGUGAACAGUUUCUUGAAUAUGGAGUCGGAAAACUACGAAGGAACCAUGGAUCCCUCUGAAGUUCCGGAACACUGGCCGCAGGAGGGUGAGAUCAAGAUUCACGAUCUGUGCGUCCGAUACGAAAAUAACCUGAAGCCUGUCCUCAAACACGUCAAGGCCUACAUCAAACCCGGGCAAAAGGUUGGGAUCUGCGGACGCACCGGCAGCGGGAAGUCAUCCCUGUCUCUGGCUUUCUUCCGGAUGGUCGACAUAUUCGACGGGAGGAUCGUGAUCGACGGGAUCGACAUCUCGAAGCUCCCCCUGCACACGCUGCGAUCCAGGCUGUCCAUCAUCCUGCAGGACCCCAUACUCUUCAGCGGCUCCAUUAGGUUUAAUUUGGACCCGGAAUGUAAAUGUACUGAUGACAGGCUUUGGGAAGCUCUGGAAAUCGCUCAGCUUAAGAACAUGGUCAAAUCACUCCCGGGAGGUUUGGAUGCGAUGGUCACAGAAGGCGGGGAGAAUUUCAGCGUGGGGCAGAGGCAGCUGUUCUGCUUGGCUCGAGCCUUCGUCCGCAAGAGCAGCAUCCUCAUCAUGGACGAAGCCACCGCCUCCAUCGACAUGGCCACGGAGAACAUUCUGCAGAAGGUGGUCAUGACCGCGUUCGCAGACCGCACGGUGGUGACCAUCGCGCAUCGGGUGCACACGAUUCUGACGGCGGACCUGGUCAUUGUGAUGAGAAGAGGGAAUAUCCUCGAAUACGAUACCCCUGAGAGCCUCUUGGCUCAGGAGGACGGGGUAUUCGCUUCGUUCGUGCGAGCGGAUAUGUGACGAGACGGCUCCUCGGGAAAGGCAUCCUUCCCCCCCCCCAAUGCCAAUUCCUUCUUGCUUCCCGGGGAACCGUUUUUGGAAAAGCUCCCUUCGUCUUUAACAGAUCAUCUAGCGUGGAGGAAAAAAACCAACAACGACCUUUAAAUCCCA